UCAGAUUCCGAACGCCUAGCGAGCAAGGCGUUUUUGAUAAAACCCUACUAUACAAGAACCAAAACAAUACACUCUCCCCCUCCCCGAACUCUACGCACCGAAGAACCAGCCAUGAACGCCACCGAGAACACCCCAGCUAAGGCGCACCAGAGAGCCGCUGCAUCAGCAGAGUCACCCGAAGUCGUAGACCUCACGGAUUUCUCCGACGCCGAGGAACCGGAGUCCGCUGCCAAGGCGGACGAGGAAGCCGCCCCGAAGCCAGGAGUAGCCGAAGAAUCCCACACCUUCGAUGGGGACAUGUACGCAGAUAUGGAGCUAGACGCCGACGAGUCAGGGGCAGCCGACCACGAGGGUCCCCGAGACAGCCCCCCGCUGUUCUCCCGCCGACCAUCCGGGUUCCGUCGAGAGAACCUGCUCCCCGGAGCCAGGGUCACCGUCAUUCGAAGAGGAGUUCGAAGAUGCCGGUUCUAGCCAGCACAGCUUCCCGGAACCAGAGACGCCAUCAUACGCGCCGAUGUUCGAACAGGAGUUUGAAGAUGCCGGUUAUCACCAGCACCGCGAUCCCCGAACCGGCCGUGGCAUUUACCGCCCCGAGAGGGGGCUGGAGCGUUACACACCGAAACCAUACAACGCGUACUACGGCGACGGGGAGAGCGAAGAGGAGGAACCCUACGGUCGGCAAUUCAUAGCCGAAACAGAGACCUUUCACCACACGGUCACGCCAUGGGGGUUACGCGUCACGCGUAACCACCAGAUGUCCGUAGACGUCUUUGUCCCUCCCGGCCGGAAUGUCAACGCGUUCUUCAGGACAUUCCGAGAAGCCGCGGAACCAAUCGACUACCGCUCCGAACCGGCCGCCCCAGCCAGGGCAAGCACGCCGAAGCGCGACCGCCAACGCCCGCAUCGGAUCCUCCCCGAUGCCCCAAUCCUCCAAAAGAGUCAGCGGCGACCACACCAACGCACGCCGAAGCGCCCCACGCGGAGGCAGCGCAAGGCCCUCCCACUGAAUGGCCCACCGGGGCUACAGAAGAGGGAAAGGCCGCUCCGGUUCGACAAGCGGAGCUGACCGAACCGGAGGAGCAGUGGGAAACGGGGCCGGACAGCGGGUACCCCACCAUGACCCUACGGAGGGUAUAACAACCCGUUGCGGAGGAGACGGCGCCGACCCCCCAAACUGGGGAGUGGGAAGGACAAGACGAGUUGCU